AGUUUUAAGGUGUUUUGGAUACAGUGAAGGGUCGGACUCUAUACACAAUAUAUGCCGUUUACUCUUUCAGAAGAGCUUGGCAUAGCGCUUGAAUAUGCAUCCUAACAUGGCACGUGCAUCGCACAACCACAGACGUUAUUCGUCAAGCGUGCGUCCCCGCGUAAGAGAUUCAUACUACAAGACAUCGGUUAAGGAUUCUGAGUUGUACAGUACAGCUGUCGAUUCGUCUAAGACACCAAAAAUUGAUUUUUUUGGCCGUGAUCACCGGCCGGUAGCAACGAACGAACGAGAAAAGUUGCGUUCGUCCUCGACUCGAGAAGAUAGCCAGGAGGAGGAACAGAGAAUAUCUGAGCUAUCUGCCCUGAAGAAAGAGAUUGCGAGCUUAGACUCAGAAAGAGCAAAGGUGUUGGCAAAUUUGAAGUUCUUGUCGAAAGCGCUGAAUUUGGAUUUCAGGUAUUUGAAUGAGUACUACGGUACCAGGAGUUACCGGCGAAGAGAACAAGAGCAUGAUAAAACUGAGAAACAAUCUCAGGUAUUGGAAGAGGUGAAAACGAACAAUAUAAAUGAUAUCACAACAGAGUCAAUCACAGAGACGGCCAAAACUGAAGAAGAUAUUUUGGCACCCGACCAAUCAUUGUCGAAGCAUUCUUUGCAUUCUUCAGAUUCUUCUCAUGUCGAUCAGCAAAAUGAAUGGACUAACUCUGAUUCUAAUACGCACUGGGAUAAAGAUGACUCACAUUAUUCUCCACAAAAACACUCAUCUCCUCAGUCUCCUCCAUCUAAUAAUAAACCGGAUUCUUCCUCCGGUUCCUCUUCCCCUGUUUCCUAUACGAGCCGUAAACGCUCUCCUCCUUCUCUCUCUUCUUCUCCCCCUCCUAAAUCCAAACUACUAUCCGAGACUCACAAUUCUCGCGACUCCUCCGCUCCCCGCCUUGCCGUCGCCCCACGCGACAAGCUUCUGUUUCAUAACCUUCUCCUCGGUACUCUCAAAGUUGCCCAAAAGGAUAUCGAACGUGACGUUAUCGCCAAGUCUAGACUAGAGACUGAAUUCCGAAUCGAAGAUCGCGUCGCCGAUGAAGCCCAGCGCGCUGCUGAAUCUAAAAGAAAACAAGAUGAAAUCGCUAGACAAGAAGCCUUUGAAAAGCUCCAUCAACUCAACCAACUCAUCAUUGAAAAACAAACACUUUUUUCUGAUUUGCUUUGGACUGACCACAUCUCCAGGCUCAGAGAUGAGAAGUGGCUCGUUACCCAAACUCAUCCUCCUCUCUACUUCCUACCCGCUUCCGACUUGUCUAUCAAUUUCCUCGAAAGUCACAAAAGCCAGCCACCACACACACGCACACUUAUCCAAAUUCAUAAGUCAUGCCUUGAAUUCCCUAACUCUCUCUCUCUUGCUAAUAGCGAAAGUAGUACUUAGCGCACUUGAUACAUAUAUAUUUCGCAGCUUCUCUCUCCACGAUUUUUGGUCAUGUACAUAGGUAGCAUAAUGUCUCCACCAAAAUAAAAUAGAUCUUUUUCAAAACUACAAAAAAUGCAUCUUUCAUCGCAGACGCGAC